AUGAAAGAAUCAUCGUCUUCUAAACGCGAGAAGGCAGACGAUGAAGAUGUCACUGUGGUGGACUGCGACUCCGACGAUGAGCGUGAAGCGACUACGACAGAGAAGCCUAAAAACAAUGACAAGGCGCAACUACCACGAUUUUCUGUCACUAAUAUAUUGUCGCCGCUGAAUAAUCUAGCUCGGGUCCAGCAACAACUCCUAAAGAUGACCUCAUCUCCUUUAAACGAGCACUCGUUAGCUUUCGGCUACCGACCGGCUGGCGCUCUGCCAGCAUCCUACUUUGGUGCUGCACCAUUCCAGGGCUACCAAGGCGAUUUCACCAGCUACAUGGCCAAUCCGGGCACAUGGUAUGGAGGUGGCGAUCCACGAUUUGCAGCAUUACUCCCAUGCGGUAUUGAUCCAUCCAGAGCGGCGGUGCACGGUAUACAACUACCGAUGUCACAGCGUCGAAAACGACGAGUGCUUUUCAGUCAAGCACAAGUCAAAAUAUGGUUCCAGAAUCAUCGCUACAAAUGUAAAAGACAGGAGAAAGAGAAAGCAAUGACGGGCGGAUUAAGUCAUCGAGACGAUUCGGCCAGCCCACAAUCAGUGGAUGGGGAUGGGAAAUGUUCACCGGAGUUGAGCACCUCAAAAGAGGAGCCGUCAUGCUCCGAGGCGGAGCCUAACCAGCCAACUUCCGAACCAUUGCCUGACAUCAAAAAUGGCAUGUUUGCAGCAGUGUCUUCCUCUGUAUAUCCUCCUCAACCGGCCGCAUUUGCUUUCCCGUUCGGGUCUCAAUCUUACUCGGCCGCUCAGUCAGCUUACUAUAAUCAGAUUCGAGGAGUAGGCUGGUGA